CGGGCCUUCGUGGCUGGGGCCACUGGUGGCACUGGCCGCGCCAUUGUUCAGCGGCUUGUGGCAGAAAAAAUACCUGUCCGUGCACUCGUGAGAGAUACCAGCAGGGCGGUGUGGCUGCUGCCGCUGAAUGUGGAGCUGGUAAAGGGGGACGUGUAUCAAUUCUCUACCCUGCAGCAGGCGUUGGGAGACUGCAAUAUUGUGCUGGUUGCAACAGGCUCCAGGCCUGCGCUGGACCCCUUUGGCCCCUUCAACAUUGACUACCAGGGGACAGCGAACCUUGUGGAGGUGGCGAGGAGAGCGGGCGUCAAGAGGUUUGUGCUUGUGAGCAGCAUUGGCGCUGAUGAGCCAUUCUUCCCCCUCAACCUCCUCUUUGGGGUGCUAUUCUGGAAGAAGAGGGGAGAGGAAGCGCUGCAGAGGUCAGGGCUGCAGUACACUAUUGUGAGGCCGGGGGGCCUGACUGACACCCCUCGACAGGGGCAGGUACCCGGUGGGAUCAUCAUGGAAGGGCCUGGUGCUUUUGGGCUGCCGCCAAAAAGGACCCCAGGAAGCAUCCUGCGCAGCCAGGUGGCGGAUGUAUGUGUGGACUCUCUUGUCUUGUCUGAGGCUGCAAACAAGGUGGUUGAGGUGAUCACAGCAGCGGAUGAGCCCAAUAGGCCUGUCCGGGACCUGUUUGCUGGCGUAUACUUAUAG